CUGCCUUUUAACCCUCAGACUUUGUGAUAGUGCAGCAUAAAUUGGUUAAAAAAGCUCCAGAUCCUUUCUGUGUAAUACAAGGUAAAGUAAGUGAUGUUUCAUCCAUAACUAUUCACAAAAAGAUGUAUUUUUACAUUCAAAAGUUCUCCUCCAGCCAUACUGAUUGUUUUUGUUUUUUUUUAGCUGAUGACUGGUGAUUUUCACCGAGCUAGGUUCUGGAAUUUGUUUAUUUCUGCUCUUAGUUGUCCGAAAGCCACACGGGUGAUUGUAGAAUAGAGUUAGAUGCAGUAAUUACUAUUUUUCCAGUAGAGCUUUUGGCAGAAUCAUUUCUGUACAGCCAUAUGCAGCAUCUGCCUCCUAUUCAACCAGGUAGUUAUGACCAACCAGAAGAUAUUUGCUCUGAUUUUGGCACAAUUCAAAAUUCUGAUAUUAUUAUUAAAAAGUAAAGAAUCUGUACAUGUUUUUUUUUUUUUUUUAAUGUGUAUGAUUGAAGUUUAGCUAUUCUUUUAGUUGAAAGGCUUACAGACUGCAGGGAUGAAACCUGCAUUGACAACUUUUAGAAACAAAGAGCCCAAACUGCUAAACAUCACAAGAUUGACCCAGAACCUGCAGCCAGAAGACACAAGUGUCUUGGCUGGAUUUAUCUCGUGUAAUUUAUAAUGUAUUUAUCUUAUGAGCUUUGUCAACAGUUUAAAUAAAGCAGAAUUUUAGCAGCUGUUCCAGUUUUUAAUCAAUUGAGGGCUGCAUAAAGAAGCUAAUUGUGCUGUAGAGUUCUUUGCAUGGCAGCCUUGUCUGCAUAAGCUAACAAUUAAAACGAGUGACCUAAAAAAAAACAAAAAAAAACAUUAGUUUUCUGGUAAAAAAUAAAAAUAAAUAAAAUUGCCCCCCAAUUUAAAUAAUGGUCUCAGUUAAUUGUCAUGCUCCACCAUUUGCUAAAAUUGCAUUUUGUUUUCGCAUUGGUGUUGCUAUAUAUAUUCACAAAGAGGCGUUUGCACGGCAGCUUUAACAAAAGACUUUUAUAUCGUUGCCUGUUAAAAAAAAAACAGAAAGGAAACUGUUAAAUUUGACUAAGAGAAAAGCCUGAAGAACAACAGCAGCAGCAGCUCCACUGUGAGGAAACGCUGCAAUGUCAGUGUUGUCCUUAAGUAGCUUCUCCUGCUGCCCUGCCGGGUCAUGUAAGGACAUUUUGGCAGACAGCCUGACCGGGGAACCGAAGCGGUUUACGGCCCAGUUCACACAUUGUUUCACAUCCACUUUCUUUUCUGGACAACCCGUAGCUUAAUUCACAUCAAAAAAAGAGCCCACCACACCGCUAAAACAUUAGGCAUUUUUGCUAAGUUGCCCAAAUUUUUCACAGCACCGAGAGUCGCCGAGGAAUGACGUCAGGACGUAUCUCAUUGAAUGAUGACGCCGUUUGAUCAUUAAAAAAAUCUGCCGUUAAAAAAUAUCAGAGAAUUAGGUCAGCAUACAACACGGCGCCGACGCUCCCGGUGUGAAUGUAACCGCCGUGCGUUGGAGGCUCUAACUUUUACAAAAAGACGCGCUCCUGCCGUUAAAAUAACCUGCUCCGACGAGGGGGGAGAGAUGUCCGGUGUUUCCAGCAUCUGCAAACGAGUGCCGUAGCCGUUAGACCGGUCCGUCCGUCCGCCUGUCUGUCUGCCUCCCUCGGCUUUUAGGGGGGUUUGGGAGACCCGCAAAGCCCGAAUAACGUUACCGCUGCUGCAGUCCAGCCCGGCCAGGCUGUGGGCUGAACGGUUAGCCCGGGGGGACGGAGGACAGAUACCGCCAGACAACCUGAAGGCUCAAGGCUGCUCUGCCGAGACCCAGGAAAUCAGUCCUCGCCUCGUCUCGACAGCCUGGUAGCAACACAGUGCACAUUUCAGUAGUUCCAAAAUACAUAAUUCAAAGCCUGAAGGACAUGUGAGCACAGCUGCCUACGAUAUGUGAACCUCGACAGUUCUGCCACACAUCUUCAUUACCAUAGCAGAAGUAAACACAGUUUGGAGUGACAAUGUCAAGCCGCCGGAAAUCUACCACACCUUGCAUGGUGCUGCCUUCUGAUGUGGUGGAGCAGGAAGAGGUGGAGGAGAAAGCAGAAAGGACAAAGGAGGAAGAGGCAGGGGAGGAAGAGGAGGGGAAGGUGAAGGAGGGACCGGAGGAGGGGCCGACUGCAGAGGAGCUGGGUCAGGCUGUAGUGGUUGUUCCGGCUCCACCAGAGUCAGAUGAACCCAGUGUCUCUACUGGAGACGAUAGUGAAGUCAUCGGUCCUUCAUUGAAGCGCAGCGCUGCAAAUCCUCCAGAGGAUCCGAGCAGUGACCAGCUGAUCCAGGAACAGCAGUGUGAUGCACCUGAGGAGGGAGGAGCAGACCCUGCAGCAGUUUCUGCCAUCUCUCUCAGCAAAACACCGAUCAUGAGGAUGAAGACCAAAUCUGAACCCAAGAGGAUCGCUGUGUCUCUGAAAUCUUCAGAUGAGGGAGCAGAAGGGUUUGGAGUAGGUAGUGAGGGAGAGUUGGGAGGAGAGCAGGAGCCCAUUGAAGCACCGUUAGGACCCAUGACGCCAGUGGAGAUGCUGCUGCACGACUCCAUGAAGCUCGGCGGGGGUGGUUUGCUGCUCGGCCCACCAGAACACCAGAGGAAAUCAUCUAUUUUAAACCCCACUGUUCUGCCUGCUGGUCUGGCACAGGUGCUUUCUGCCUUCCAGGCCCAGCAGAGCACUGCAGCAGCUCAGCCCCAGCUCCUGAUUCCCCUCAGCAGCAUCCCUUCCUACAGUGCAGCUAUGGACACCAACCCCCUGCUGGGCAAUACAUACAAGAAGUUUCCUUACCCCUCCAUGGCUGAGAUCAGCAGCCUGGCAGCACAGACACAGUUCACAGAGGAGCAGAUCAAGGUGUGGUUCUCAGCCCAGCGACUGAAGCACGGUGUCAGCUGGACUCCCGAGGAAGUGGAGGAGGCCAGGAGGAAACAGUUUAACGGCACGGUGCACACAGUGCCUCAGACCAUCACUGUAAUACCUGCUCACCAACUCUCAGCUGCUGCUAACGGUUUGCAGUCCAUUCUUCAGACCUGCCAGAUAGUCGGCCAGCCUGGCCUCGUGUUCACACAGGUUGGACCAGGGGGGAACCUUCCAGUGACCAGUCCCAUCACACUGACAGUGGCAGGGUUGCCCAGUCAGUCUCAGAGCUCCAGCAGAGUUCCCUGUCAGCCUACCCCAACAAACAGUGAGCUGAAACGGGCUACCACUGUCCAGCCUCCCUCUCUUUCUCCACAGGAGAACUCAGCCCUCAGUGCUGACACAUUCAAUAUGCGACCUAAGAAAUCCAAAGAGCAGCUGGCAGAGCUGAAAGCCAGCUACCUGAAAAACCACUUUGUCACUGAUGCAGAAAUUGCCCGGUUGAUGAAAGUCACGAACCUGACAAAGGGAGAGAUCAAAAAAUGGUUCAGUGACACCCGGUACAACCAGCGCAACUCCAAGAACAGCCAUGUCAUUGUUUUCCACGAUGGAGGGGGCAGAGGAGGUGGCGGCUGUAGCAGCGCUGCUGGCACCACUAUUGUUAUUGACUCAAGCGAUGAUGUGACCCCCACAUCGCCCCAUCCUCCACGCACUCCUCCUGUGAAGGAGAAGGAGACCCGGUCUAAAACUUGGAACCCUUUCCCAGACUUUACUCUGCAGAAGUUUAAGGAGAAGACACCAGAGCAGCUGGUGGUGCUGGAGGAGAGUUUUGAGAAGAGCAGCACCCCAUCAGAUGAAGAAUUCAACCGCCUGAGGACGGAGACUAAACUGACACGGAGGGAGAUUGACGCCUGGUUCACUGAGAGACGAAAAAUGCCAUCUGUCAGUACCUCCUCGCCGGAUUCUUCUGAGGGAGGAAAAAUGGAAACAGAUGGAGCAAAAGCAUUGGAAGGAGGAGGAACAGGAGGAGCAACCUCUUCUUCUCCAUCUGCCACAUCGUCUCGAAAGGGUAGUCAAACACCUCCAGGGAGUCGCAGUAAGCAGAUGCCCGGCAGCAGCAGGAAAGACCUAAAAGACAAAACUAAAAAGUCUCCGGAGCAGCUCCACAUUCUGAAAAGUGCCUUUGUGCGGACCCAGUGGCCCACACCAGAGGAGUACGAUCAGCUGGCAGAAGAGAGCGGCCUUGCUCGCUCCUACAUCGUCAGCUGGUUUGGAGACUCUCGGUAUUCCUGGAAGAACGGAAACCUGAAAUGGUUCUUUCAGUACCAAAGCGGCAGCAUCGAAGGACCAAAUGGAGGAGGUAGUGGUAAAAUGGGGGGCGGCGGCGGCGGCGGCCGUAAAAGACGUGGUAGACAUCGCGGUUGGGGGCGAUCCCGAACCAGGAAGCAGCCACGGAGGUCGGCCUCCAGUGCAGAUGUUGACAGGUCACCCCUGUCAAAGAAAUUCAAGACUGGGAGGGAGAUCCUGAAGGAGUACUACCUGAAGUACCAGUUCCUCAACGAGCAAGAUCUGGAUGAGCUUGUCACCAAGACCAACAUGAGCUAUGAACAGGUCAGGGAGUGGUUCGCCGAGGUUCAGCGACGCUUAGACGUUGGGUCAGAUCCCUUCCAGGAGGCAGCUGCAGGCAGGACGGACGGAGACGAAGGAGCAGAGGAGGACGAAGAGGAGUCGCAGGGAGAGGCGUCGGCGGCCACCGAGGAGCAGGGUGGGGCAGGAAUGGGAGAGGAAGAUGAAGGUGAAGAAGACGAGGAGGAUGACGGCGAGGAAACAGACGACAGUGAGGUUUGGGAGCCAUCACGUAGCGUCAGGAAGUCUUUGUCCGUUUCCGAAGACUAGUGAUUGUGGGAAGCAAGGUGAAACUUUACUGAAUGUUACAAGAGAAGUACUGGAUUGAUCAAUGCUGGAAGACAGUUAGCUAAACCAAGUUCUUUAUUUGCCACUUUGCAUGUGUAGUCAUUUGCAACAUUAAUUCACUGUUUUUUCCAACUAUUUCUGAAUCACAUCUACAUGAGACUAACAGAUGGAUUAUUAGCUUUAGCUCACGCUCUCUGUAUUGUAAGUAAGGUUAAGAUAAGAAUCAAAGCCUACAAAUCUUCAGUGGCACAUGAGACUUUGAUGAAAGUUACGGAGCACGAUAUUUUGUCAAAAGGAACACCGUGAAGUGCAAUCUUCAAGCUGAGCUGACGAUAAAAACUGUUGAGAUGAAAUAGCUACCCAAAAAUACGUUGCAUCCAUUAGCCCUUCUUUACAAACUAUUAUACUGACUGUUGUAAAUGACAGGUUGUAGGAGGAGAUGACAGUUUUAAUGUCCAUCAUGGUCCUUGUUAGAUUUGCACUCCUUGCUUGCUGAGUUGAAGCCAGUAUGGAGAUUUAUUCACACAGUGAUGCCACUUUUCCUUGAGAAGGAGUUUUUGUUAUGCUGUUAUGAGCACAGGCCUAAUUCAAACUUCAAUCUCUAAUGUUAUGAAUGUUUCACUCCUGGUCCCGAGCCAACAGCGCACACAGAACAACAACAAAAAAAAAAGACUUCUCUGUUAUAUUCAGAAAGGUGCUUUAAACGUAUCACAGCUAGAUGUCACUGCUGAGCAAUGUCCCCAACGAAACCAGCAUACAUCUAAUUGUGGGGUUGAUUUGACAUGUUUUCUUGAGCACCUGUGAAGAUCAUCGCAAGGACCAGCUGGCAUGGACUGAUAAAGACAUUAACUGUCUGAGAUGAAGGCCUAACCUGACAGGAGAAGAAGUACCUUAAUGCUGAAUGAAUGCCAACGCCAUGAUGCUUUUAAGAAACACAGGAUGUCUUCUUAAGUCUUCCCUUAGUUCAUUGUUUCAUUAAUAUUAUAGAUUUUUAACUGAAAACCUACAGAUCUGAGGAGAAAGAUGCCACAGAAUGUGUUUAAUAUGCACUGCUAUUAAUGUUUUUAAAUUCAUGUCUCACUUGUGACAGAACACAUUCUGUGUUAUUCUGACCUUUUCAAAGUGGGUUGUGUAGGUUCAGACAGUAUGAGGCUGUUGUGCCAAAGUUGAAAGUGUUAUCUCCUGAGCAGUGUGCUGUAGUUUAAUAAAUGGCCACUGUGAGGUGGACGUCUGGGUCCACUGAAAAUAAAAAGAAAAAAAAUUGCUGCAGUAUUUUACUGGUGGUGGGCCUCUGAUGGAUUAAAGCAGAGUUUCCCUCAAACCAUGUAAAUGUAAGCACCAGCUGCAGACACAAUGUGAAUUUAGAGUAAAUUAAUCAGCAAGUUAGCACCAAAUCACCGACAUGAGGCCUGUGAAUCAAUUUGGGUCCCGACCCGUACUUUAAGAAACACUGUUUAACAGUAUUUCAGAUAAUAAUGACUCCAGUCUGCACUAAAGACAAAAACCUGAAGCACCUAAAUCAAACUUUUUCUUCUUUUUUUUCUUUUAGAAAAAAAAAAAUGCACUUUGUCCACUUGUGUUCAUAGUGGAUUAAAUCUUGAUUAGGCACCUUAAUCUCAUAUUCUACCAUGAAAUGGCUCUGAGAGACCAAACCUGUUUUGUAUGAUUACAAACUGAACCAGUAUUUUGCCUUUUUUUAUUCUUGGUGUGUUUGCACACAAGGAGGAAUAUUACCAGUGUAUCCACUUUUCUAAUAAUAUAUGUGUUUCAUAGUUGGAAGUUUGUAUGGCUCAAAACAAUCGAACAAUCACCCACCGCUUUCUUUCACUAAAUUGCACAAUUUGAGCCCCAUUUUAAUCAUUUCUCCCUUUGAAAAUGCAUUUGUGUUAUAUUUGUCAUCAUGUCUUGGAAUUUUGCUUUAAAUUAUGGGAGCUUUCUCCCAUUUGCCCCUCUUGCACCCCUAUGCCCCCAUCUGACUCCCUACCCCUCUCCUCCAGUCCACUUUUGUAAAAUGAGCAAAUAGACUCAUGAUGUGCUCUUCCGGAGGCAUUUCUGUAAAUGUUAGCAGUGUCAUGUUCGUUCUCUGUCUCAUUAACUUGUCUGCAACACAGCAGACACACAGACGGGGCUAAAGGGACAUCUUCAAAUGACUGACAACCGUUCAAAAAAUUCUAACAUUCUUGGAAGUGUUGCUUUCUCUCACGGAAGGAAUUGUUGUGAUGAAGAACCAGCACAUCAUUCCCUCUGUGGUGGGAAGUCUACCAAAUACCCCUCCUCCUUCUGUUUUCUUCAUGCUUUACUGCAUUCAGAUGACAGGACAAUAGACUGAAACCUGUCUCAACUACUGUUUUUCACUGGUAGGGGAGGGACCCUGAUGAAGCUUUGCAGGUAAACCUAUGUGCCUACAUGGCUCGUACACCUGUUUGAACAGAAUUUCACCAACUCUCGACUUUGGAAAUCAGAAAUGUUUAGCUGAUUAACAGUUUGUUCAAACGGAGUUGUGAUGCAUGAUGGAGCGCUGCUUUCUGCUGACGCUAAAAGAUGCCUAGAUACUCUGAAGUUGACUUUGGAAACUUCUGUUGUAAGUCCUUACUUGGAUACCUUGGGGUUCCGAAAUUAAUUGUAUUUUGUCACCAGGCACUUGUCACACGAGAUGCUGGCACCUUUAGCUUUCCAAAAAGGCAUUUUAAUGGACAUUUUGAAGCCAAUAUUGGCCGUUAGCUGUAAGAGAAGCCUUUAUCCAUACUGUUGUAAUGUGACAAGUGCCUGGCCAUGAAAAUAAGUUCAAAAUGUUAAGGUACACUUUUGUCUAAUACUGCAUGCAAUAACAAGACAGACAACAGCUCAUUUUGUACAUACGAUAUUUUGGGUUGGUAUACUUGGCACAGUAAAAGCCUAAUCUGGGCUAAACUGCUUGUGUAGCUUUAAUAAUACCUGUUACUUUUUAUUACCAAGUUGACUGCAACUAUGGACCUGUUUUCUUUUACAUGUGUUGAAACUUUUUCAGAUCAUUGACUAAGUCGAGCUACUGAUAGCUUGGAAGGGCCUGCUUGAAUUAGUGAGCUCCAAGCUGAGCAACAUUUGAAAGGAGUCCUUUGAUGGAACUACAUUAUCACCCCAAGUGCACUCAUUCCGUGCCCUUUUAUACGCAGUUGAUUCUUGGUAUUUUGCAUGUCCAUGACUAGCUUUGUUUAGUCCACAGAUUAGGCUUAAACCUGCCCCCAGGUAUCCAGCCCACAGUCUUUUACAGUGUGCUCUUUCUUUACUAUAGUCAGUCUGUUUUGAAUGGUUUUAUAUGUUUCUAUCUACAAAAAACUGUCAUUACAGCUCUAUCCAGACAUCAGUGGAUUGCUUGUUAACAAGACAGACUCAUACAAUAUGUACAAUAGAAUAGUGUUUUUGAAAUAGAAUCAGUCUUAGAGUUCAGUCAGUGUUGCCCAAGUGGCUAAUGGUACUUUGGUUGCGAAAAUAUAGAAUCAUAACUCAAUGGAAUAGACAUGCGCUGAGGUAACGAAAUUCCAAAAAGUGAAAUUCUUGGAAAAAACAGGGUUUUUUUGUUUGUUUGUUUUUUUCGUUUGUAAUGUAUUGUAAUGUAUCCCAAUCAUGCUAAAAUAUGUCUAAGCUGUUUUGUGACGAGAAUUUAAAUGGAACAAGAUCAUUACUCAAAAUCACAGCUGUUUAAAAAGAAACUCCACCAAUUCGACAAGUGAAAUUCAGUUUACUGAUGAACAGUUAUUUAAUGUCUGAUGUAGCUCUGGAGCAUAGAUUGUAUAUAAAAGAUGGAUGUAGCGACUGUGACAUCCGCCGUGGACUACAGUUGUGAAGCAUGAAAUUUGGCAUUUAACCGUUACCAUCUUGAUUAUUUUAAACCAAGUGUUACAAACAAGCAGUAGAUCUGGUUGGAGGACUUGAGCACACUAUGUAUGGUUAUACGAUAGCAAUCGCAAAGUAUCCCUCCCCUAAAACAUACCCUAAUUUGUCAUCCGUUUUAGUCUAAAUAAGACCAUAAUUUGCAAAAUGAACACCAUGCCAUCCUCAAAAAGUUUUAAAACUAGCAAUUGAGUCAAUAAACUUAUUAUGAAAAUGUUUACUGAGGUUAAAUUUUUUCAAAGAAGUAGGGUCAUUUUCUCAUAGACUUCUGUACUAUCAGGUUUUUGCAACCACACAAGUUGCCCCCUGCUGGCGCUUAGAACAAAAUGCAGGUUUGAGGCACUUGUGCUUCUCUGUGCUUUUCAGACCUAAAGUCUCCAUCUUUGAUUUGCAAUCUAUACUCGAGAGAAAGCUUUCCAAAAUUAAGUUUUUGAAAAAAACAAUCUGAUAAUGUCCAAGUGAUGACAUUUUCUGUCUAUUUUUGUGAUACUGUAACAAAAGUUGUCCUUCCUGACAGUUAAUGAAAUCCUCAUGUGAGCUGAAUUAAUAUUAUUGGUAGAAACCAGUGUUAACACUUCUCCCCAGGUCUGUUGAGGUGCCAUGUCUGUUCACUGAGGUGUGAUUUUAUAUUCAACACUCAUGUAUCCCAGUUAACCUUGUGCAGUAGAGCUAACAUUGUGAUCUGAGUAGUUUACCUGCUGUUGUAUUAUGCUCAUAUGUCAUAUCUGUAUCCUUCGCUAUACUCCUGCUAUAGUCCUCCCUCGUUUUUUCUGUAUUUAGACAGGUAGUCGGUUGAAUGUUUCUUACAGCAAUCAGAGAUUCAGAUGUUUUCACUAUACAGCCGCCAGCUUUUUGGUAAAGAAAAAAAAACACCUUGUCAGAAUUGUAACAUAAUGUAUGUAUUAACAGAAAUGUUUUUGUUUUUUUUAACUCAUUUACAGUGGAAUUUUCACCUUCAGUUUUUUUCUGAUCUAAUUUUUACCUGCUGACAGUUUUUACCCCAAGUUACUGCUUUCAGUGGGCGUGAUUUGCUUUUAAUCAUGAACUGAACGUUGUUUCUGCUUCAGUAUAACAUAUUUUCAGAGUUGUUUUACUGGAACAUGACAGGGAUUUCUCAGCUCUUGUAUUAAGUUACAGUUGCUUCCAUAGACACAGGAAAGAAAUACAGUGAUCUAGCUGUAAGCUCUGCCUUAAUGAAUGUGGUAAAGCCAUUUAAAAACAUCACUCCUGGCUUUAGAGACAGUUUUUUUUUUGUUUUGUUUUUUGAAUUCGGCUGUGAUCUCAGUCCUGUAGAAACCUACAUAAACCGGUACGCAUUAGCCAGAGUGUCAAGCAGAUUAACUUCUGGGAAUGAAACUGACUUACUUGUGGUUUUAUUCAUGACAAAACAUCUCAACAGCACAGCCCAAAUUGGUAUUAUUCUGUGUCUAUGGAACUAACAAUCCACUCCGCAUCUGAAGUGUGUUAAAAACUGAGAGUAUCUGUCAGAAUCUUUGAUUAAUUGUGGUAUGUAUGUGUAAUCACUUCUGCAGUAUUGCUUUAGAAAGCUAAAAAAGAAAAGAAAAGAAAAAAAAAAACCUUUGUGGCCCCUGCAAUCUUCAGCUUGUAGCUACCAGCUGUAAGACUGACAAUUUGUGCAAUGUUAAUUUAAAGUCCCAGCUGUUAUUGAGGCUUUGGCUUGGUUUCUAGCUUGAUUUAGAAAAGAUUUAUAUUUUAUACUUGUUUGAGGACGAAACCCAAUAAAUUUUGAUCAAAAGAUGUGCACUUGUGAGAAGCAUUUUGAGUGUUUUGCUUUGAAUAAAUGCUAUAAAACUGUCUGGACUAAAUGUGGAUGCUGAACAGGAAGUACUGUAUAAUGUCCUAUUAAAAAAAAUACAUGUGUUAAA